UAAGAGCGCAAUUAAGGAUUUAACCAAGCCUCUACGCUCCCUGCUAGCAGUCUGCCAGAGCUAUAAGCAGCCCCAGAGAGCUCCCAGCCUCCGCCUCCUCCUCCUCCUCCGCUGCUGCUGCUGCCGCCGCCUCCUCCUCCUCCUCCCUCCCCCCGCCAUGGCUGCCUAGAAGACCCAGCCGCCCGCCCGCCCGCCCGCCGUCCGCCUGCCUCCCCACUAUGACAGGGGUGUUUGACAGAAGAGUCCCAGCCAUCCGAACCAGCGACUUCCAGGCUCCUUUUCAGACCGCGGCGGCCACCAUGCACCACCCGCCCCAGGAGUCGCCAACUUUACCCGAGUCCUCGGCGACGGAUCCCGACUACUACAGUUCCCCGGGAGGAGCGCCGCACGGCUACUGCUCGCCUUCCUCGGCUUCCUACGGCAAAGCCCUCCAUCCCUACCAGUAUCAGUACCAGGGCAUGAACGGCUCCGCGGGCAGCUACCCGGCCAAAGCCUACGCAGACUACAGCUACGCCAGCCCCUAUCACCAGUACACCGGAGCUUACAACCGGGCACCGAGCGCGGCCAGCCAGCCAGAAAAAGAUGUGGCCGAGCCGGAGGUGAGGAUGGUGAACGGCAAACCAAAGAAAGUUCGCAAACCAAGGACUAUUUACUCCAGUUUUCAGCUGGCGGCCUUGCAGAGGAGGUUCCAGAAAACGCAGUAUUUAGCCCUGCCGGAAAGAGCCGAGCUGGCUGCGUCCUUGGGCCUGACACAGACACAGGUGAAAAUCUGGUUUCAGAACAAAAGAUCCAAGAUCAAGAAGAUCAUGAAGAAUGGAGAGAUGCCUCCAGAGCACAGCCCCAGCGCCAGCGACCCCAUGGCCUGUAACUCGCCACAAUCUCCUGCAGUGUGGGAACCGCAGGGAACCACCAGAUCUCUCAGCCACCAUCCUCACGCUCACGGGGCAACCUCCAAUCCAUCCCCCGCAUCCACCUACCUGGAGAACUCCUCUUCCUGGUACUCCAGUGGUAACUCCCUCAAUGGCCACCUGCAGCCCCACACUUCUCUACAACACCCCUUAGCUCUGGCUGCUGGGACAAUCUACUAGACUAGGUUCCCUUUAAACCAUCCGUCCUUGCCCUCGUUUACCUUUUUGGAUCUUGCGUUUUGUUGAUAACGGAAAAAUGCAUAUGGGGACACCUUUUUUUUUUUUUUUAAGGAAAAGGAAACUAUACAAGAUGAAAUGUGUAAAGCUUGUGCAUGUAACUUAUUGCAUUUCAAAGGAAACUUCCCCCACCCUUUUGUUUUGUUUUGUUUUUAAACAGACGGACUUUUGAUUUGGAUUUUGUUUUUGUUUUGUUUUUUCGUCAGCUGUGGACACUUUCAAAGGUGCCUUGAAAUCUUAUGACCUCAACUUUUUUCCAGAGACUUUUUUUCAAUGUCAUUUUAACCCUGUAAAUAAGUGUAGAUAGAGGAAUUAAACUGUAUAUUCUGAAUAAAUAAAAUUAUUUCCACCAUGACAACUGAAAAAAAUAAGGAUACAUUUCCACCUCUUCCCCUUUUCUACUUGCCAAAGGCAGAGGACAAGCCACCUAAGGGAGGGCGGCUGGGAUGAUCACCACCACCACCAUCAUCACACACACACACCCUUUCGAAAGGAAUUUGUUUUCGUUUGCUUGUUUUUGUUGUGUAGGGCCCGAUUCUCCACACACUUGCUCGUGGGAAAGCUUCAAGUGGAGAUGUAGGAAAGGGUGCAUGUUAAAGAUUGCCCCUCCAUGUUUGUUUCUGUUUUUUCCCCUUAUGGCCAGCAAGUUUUAGAAAGGCAAGUGACACCGGAAGCAAAAUGACCUCGAGGAAAAGAAACUAUUUUUUAAAAAUCUACCCUUAAGUAGAAGACAGAAAUCUCUCUCUCUCUCUCUUACUCUGUCUCCCCUUCAUCUGAAUUCUACGAUAAAAGCAAUCAUCCGGUAGAAAGCCAGAAUCCCAUCAACUAAUUGCACACAUAACCGUUCCUUCAAAAGAAGCUCCUAAACAAAGGCGAGCGGUGCCAGCUCGUCAGACCAACCCUUUAAAACGUAGAGCCGCGCAGCCACCACGAAUGGUGGCGAUGGAAGGCCCUCUCCCUCUCCCCGCCCCACCCCCCCACCCCCACGUCGCAGAAAAUUAAAUUCUGGGGCGUCUAGGAAGCGAUCGCCGAUCGGCUAGUGGGGAAAGUCCUGGACUGGCUUUCCAGAGGCCAUUUAUUCGUAGCGUUUCACAGGGAUGCGCAGCAAUAUAUGGCGUGGCUACUAUUGAAUGCUGGCGACUUCUUGGAGAGUGAAAAGACCUCUCUUUGUCCCCUCCCCAAAUUACCAGUCUCCCUUUCAUCGCCUUUUGGCCAGGCUGACGGCCUUCCGAAAAGCGAUUUCAGAAAGGUUGCAAAACGUCUUUCAUAGAAAACGUCUUUGGUUCUAUAUUUCUCCUGCUGCCUUCGAAACCAGCCAAUGUAACUAGGGCAAUCAUCAUGUGGUAAAACAGCAGCCGUAAAUGUGACAGAGGGUUCUAUUAUUAUUAUUAUUAUUAUUAUUAUUAUUAUUAUUAUUAUUAUUAUUAAGAGAGGAUUAGAACAUUUUAAAAAAAUUACAUCCUGUCAUCUGAGGAUUUCAGCAAGAGAUGUUCCAGCGUUUAUAGGCAAAACCUGAAAAGGCAGCCUUUGUAGCCUCGAGCAAAUUUACCUGUCUCUAGUCCUGCUUCCCUCCCUCCCCCUCCCC